AUGAAUAAAAUUAAAAACUGUAAAGAAAGCUCUAGUACUAAUAUAAAAAAGAGAAUAACUUUAACUGGUGCACAAAAAAAGAAAUUAUAUGAAAAAAAAUACAAUAAUCCUAAUUUAAAAGGUGUCAAAUUAGCUAAGGAAUAUGGAAUAAGUCUCAAAGAUGAUUCCACUUUAAUUCAAGCUAAACAUCAAAGAAAACCUGAUUAUCCUGAUCUUGAAGAAGUGAUGUCUAUUUGGGCUGAGUAG